AGCCUCCACAUCACCAUCAAACUUUUGUCCUAAACAACAGCCAAACGACCAAACCACCACAAACUUCUUUCUUCAACAUGACCGGCAGAGGUGGUGGCGGCAACCGCCGUGUUCUUCUUCCUCCCAUCAACUUCCUUUUCCGUCUUUUGCAACAACACUCGACCGUCCAAAUCUGGCUGUACGAGCAGCUCCACAUUCGCAUUAUCGGCACCAUUCGUGGCUUCGACGAGUUCAUGAACCUGGUGAUCGAUAAUGCGAUUGAGGUCAAGCUGGUCUCCAAGACAAACGAGACGGAGGAGAGGAGGGAGCUUGGGCAAAUCCUCCUGAAGGGCGACAAUGUCUCGCUCAUCCAGAGCUACUCCGGGUGAAGAGCUCAAAACCUGAACGAGAAGCGGUAAUCGACGAUGCAAUUUACGCUGGGACCUACAUCGAGCGACGAGCCAGCAGAUCUAAAGCUGUACAUAGACGGCCCACGAAAAUGUGGUACGCGGCCUUCUACACGACAAACGA